AGUGAACUAACAUAUCACAAGGUGAGGUGCACGAUAGACUAAGCACGGCAGCUCCGAUGAGAAACUUCUUAAGUUGAGACAAAUUAGCUCUGUUCAGCGACUGAGACACCUCGGACACACUUUUCCUCGCCAACCUUGGCAGUUUAUGCGGAUUGCAUUUUCCUCUUCUGUUUUUAAAAGACAAUCUUGACUCUUUGAGCACAAGUUUAUUGAACAGGUAAGUGCUGUCAUGCGCAGAAGAAAUUUCUAAUCCCAAGGAAAAAAAAAAUAAGGUUUAUAAAUAUCUGACAAUGCCCAAAACACCUAUAUUACUAAUUUUGUUACAGUUUUUGUUAAGACAUAAUUAAUGGUUAAAAAUGCGAUAUAUUCAUUUAUUUGCUCUUUUCAUGUCCUAAACAUCGUAAAUGUGUGGGAUCAGUUGAGUAUACAUCGAGAAACAUGUGCGGUUACUGAAACGUAGGAUGUCCUAAGUUGCGGUGUUCAAAAGUUGACUUUUCUGCGGUUUGUGCUGAUGAUGAAUAAAAUGCAUGUAAAUCUUGUAUUUCUGAAUUUAAAACCCUGCUCGGGGUUAUGAUCUUUAUGAGAUGUAACAGGGCUCCACACAGGGGUGUUCGCUGACGCGUAGCACACGUGUUUGCGCGCGCGAAUAGCGCGCGACACUGAAUUAGCAUUCCUUGUUUUAGCGUUACCAUGGGGAUAAAAGUAUUAAAUUAUUUUUUUCCAACAUGCGCCUCCACUACUCUUAAAAUUGACAUUCCACCUUACGGUGAAUAAUCUAAAACACCAACGUUUAUCUGCAGGAAGUUUGAGCAACGUUAUGGUUUGAGAGACAGACGUCAUCUCGUAACAGCGUUUAUGCAGAGCUGCAUUAAUUUUCUGACUGCACUGCAUUAAGAGCAUUAUUAACCUCAAAAAACCGCUACUGGAUUGGCUACAUGUUCCUGCUCUUCUUAGAAAAAGAAUGUCCAGCGGAACUUCCGGUGGACAGUCACGUCUCAAUAAUCGAUAAGAAAAAUAUUUAUUUUCCCGGUUCACAAAAUAAGAAAGUUUAUAACCAUGUGGGCCAUCAUUAAUUUUAACGCUUUUUAAAAUGGCUAUUUUUUGCAGCAGGUUGUGCUAAAUUCAGUGCGCUAUGAUGUCAAUAAAGUUUAUUGCCUCCUACAGCCAUAUGUACUGAGUAAAUUAUUAAAGAGUAACGCAACCAAUUUUAGUUGUGCCAAAAUUUUGCGGAAAUUGACUUUGAAAUGGAUUGAAACUAACGCGUGACAAUUGUUUGUUUUUAGCAAAAUCGACUUGAAAAAAUGGUUAUAAACACAAGUCCCUCAAGCCCGGUAGAUGUCGCUUUCGAGGAGCUUUUCGAAGGUAGGUUAUAAUAAUAAUCAACAGCUGGUCUUCGAGCCGUAAAAUUAUUCGAGCAAACGCCUGUAAAUACGCAUAAAUUAUCACGAUCCGCUACGUGGGCUAGAAUACAUUACAAAAAAUGUCACGCGAGUUCAAGCGUUUAAGAGAAACGAGCAUAGUAUUGAGAGCUGUGCUUUUUCACGGUCGAGGAAAACAACACGUAAAGUUACUGCACUGUAGUGUAAUUACCCCUAUAACAAGCUCUGGUUGAAUGGAGUGUCGACCCCGAAAAAUGUGCUGAAACACGACUUCCAGAUAAAAAUAUUGGCUUAAGUGAAUUUAUAAAUAGAGCUAAGUCAUUCAAUUGACGUCAAUGGCCAUGGAGUCCGUCGUGGGAUUGGACAAAACCUCGAGCACGUGAGACAGCAAUGCGUCACAAAUGCGUUCAGUGGCGUAAUUUGUACCACUUCAAAUAUUCAGACUGUUGAUAAGCUGUUAUAGUGUUACUCGCUCAUUCAUUCAUAACACGUCCGUCCUUGCAUCUUUCUCUCACGCGACAAUCCCGACGAGACCGUUCAAUCGAGUCACAGAAACGGUAGGUUAAAGUUUUCACACUCCAACAAUGAUAAGUAAUUGGGCCUCAGCUCGAGUCUGACGAUCACAACGCGCAAUUUGAGGAUACUCCCGUUUUGUUUAAGAAGAAUAUGUGCCGACUACGCAGAAACCAUCACCCUCGUGUGGUGGGAAUUCGAAAAUAAUACGUCAGCUCUAUUAGCCCGCCACGCCUCCUGGGAGAUUGACAGGCACGCGGUUAAAAACUUGUCCACCAAAAAUUUUAUUUCUCAUUUCUCUCCACAGUUAUCCCGGAGUUAAAGAUGUUCACCCCCGCACAAGUUGUACCAGGUAAUCAACCGUAUACAGUGUCGUCUUAUUUAUAUCCCUGAACAACAACCCACGUACUGAAUAGGGAGAAUUUUCGCGCGCAUAAGAGCAGACAGUGGAUUACUGCGGCUUUUUUUAAACACAGUUUAAAAAACUCAUUUUUGACUUUAUCCUAUACGGCGGUGGUACUAUUAGUUGCAGUAAGGAGUAAUUUGUAGAAGAAUCGUAUGUAGUCUUUUAGUUUCUUGGUUACAAAACAGCGGAAGUCAAAGAAAGUUAAGUAUUCAAGCCCACGUUAAAAAAUAACGCCAUCAGUUAAAAUUUGACAAAUCUAAAAAAACAUAGUAUGGACUCAUUAAGACCUGAAAUAGACUUAAUGUAGUUGUCAUGAAAAAAAAAAGAUAGUAGAUAAGAAGAAAAUAAAUCCACGGGUACCCUCAAUGAUAAAUCGAAUCGUGCCAUAGGUACGCAAGGUUACCGACAAGCAACGUUAACAAUUUAAGGUGGGCGGUUGUGGUUUUGUUCAUCAAAAUAUAGUUUUGGCCUCUUAGCGAUUCCUCAGAAUAGCUGUAGGCGCUCAAAAAAGCGCUCUUGUUUGCGCUGUAACUCGGCUUAUAUUUUACUGGAGUUUAAUGUUACUUUCACUUUCUAGUAAAGAAACAUUGCCUUAAAUGUCCAUUUCUCUUUAUAUAGGUGCCGACCACGCGGACCAAGAUAAGCUAAUGGCUGGUUCUCUGGGCCUUGAGGAAGGUAAUACGUCGAUUAUUUACCUGCAAUAAUUUACAUAUUGACAAGCGAGGUUAAACCAGCUGAGCGUAGAAAGUAAGGAUUUUCAAAGCGUGUUUAUACUUUAAUUUAAAAACUUGCUUGCCUCGAUAGCCGGCCGAUCCCUGUGAAAACGAAACUGCUUCUAUGUAUUUAGUAGAUCACAAAGAACGAAGAGAAACGUGCCAAGAAAACUUCUAAGUUUUAAUUAACUAAACAAAGAAAAUUCAAAAUUCUUUCUUCUUUUCACAUUUACAAUUCAAUUAGUUGGUAAGCGCGCUCAAGUCUAACAGAUAUUUACUUUCAUUUCUAUAGCUCGUAUGUACAAAAGCGAGCCAGACUUGCGGAUCAAGAGUGAAACAUUUGGACCUUCAACUCAUACCUCUUUCACCGAGGUCUCCAACUGGUUACACUGUAGCAUGCAGUUGGGGGACACGCGAAGUCACUCACAAACACGAGAUCCUUUUCUUGCGCGCGAUCAAUACGCCUUCCAAGAGCAAAUGGACAACUUAGAGUGGAGGCCGCCGGUGCUUCAAGCCAUGGCUUUGAUCAAACAAGAAACCAACUCUGAAAUAGACGAGAUGCUGAUUAAUCAGGCCCAGAACGUUUGUCAAGUGGGUGGUCGACGAGAAGCGAGUGAGAGCCAAUGUAAAGUGUUCAUGCCUUCCUUUUGGGACGCUCAGCUCGUGAACGACUGUGAGCCCUGGUACGAUCUGGACACUAGUCCCUUCUCUCGCGAGAAACCGUUCUACAGCGGGCUGAAAAACGGCUUCGUAAAAAGCGACUUCAGCGACAGCUUUUUCAAAGACCCUGAAUUCAAGAAAGAAAACAACGACAUGACUCAAAUGUCACUGGAGCGAGACUCCGAGAGCCCCGCGAGUUUCUCAAGCGUAGACAGCCCGCCCGACUUCGCGUGGAGCCCUGCGCGACGAACAGAUGAGAGGACUUUCAGUUCAGCAGAACACAAGAAAUUCGCCAUGCACAAGCAUAAGACAAGCUUUAAGAAGUCCGGUCGCCCACGGCUAUGUCAAUAUCUACUAGAGUUGUUAGAAAAUCCAGACAAAUACGCCUAUAUGAUUGACUGGGUAGACAAAGAGAAAGGAGUGUUCAAGUUCAUCAACUCUGCCGAGGUGGCGCGCAUGUGGGGCCGAAGACGAAACAAGCCCUCAAUGAAGUACGAGAAUUUCGCUCGGUCACUGCGAACAUACAUCGCCAAAGGAAUUCUUACGAAACCUCGCAGCAAACUCGUGUACCAGUUCGCUAAGUUCAAGAGCUGAAAGUUCCAAACAAGAACCGCGAGUGUCAACACCCAAUAAAUAUAAAGAAAAGAAAGAAUAAACACUCUUGCUUAGUUCAACAUGCAAGGGAACAAGAAAAGCAACGCAGGUCCUUGCCACGUCCCAUCAGAGUUGAAGAAAUUGACGCAAAGAGUUGAAUUUUCAUGGACAAGAGCUUCGGAGACUUUUCAAUAGGUCUGAACUGAACUACUGAACUGAGUUUUUUUCAAUUAUAGAAAAAUGAGAACACGUCUUAUAGAGUAGUACGAAAUAGGAGAGCGCCAAGGCCUAAAUAGAGAAUUUUUGUGUAUCGUUUCAAAUUAGCAAACUUAAAUUUCGAGAUGUUUUUAUUCUAAAAUAAGAAAGCACCUCUUAUACAGUCUUUCGUGUUAAGUUGCGUUAUUUUCGUGUUCCACCUAAAGGAAACUUUACAAAUUGUUAACAUAGAAAAUUAAGAAGAAAUAAUGAGUGAAUCAGAGUCAUCAACUUCCCCCAUUCGUUGAGUCAUCUCCACGGUAAAAAAGCCGUACAGAAGUGUGUGCCAGACAGCAUAACACAUUGAUAUAGUGCUUGCUUAAAUAAAGUCAAGCGAACAGUAUUUACUAUGUAAAAACACACAACAAUCAUUGAGAUUCUGACCAUGUCAGACUUUGUGUUAUUAGCGUGAAGUUUUUCAAUUUUUAGCUUUCGCAUAAUCUUCAAAAAAACAAGGUAAACCAGCUGGCCAGUUUGCUCGUCGAAACAAGGUCUUAUAUAAAAUUGAAAACUGAAAACCUCAAUAUUUCCAUGGUAAAUAUAUUUACCACAAACAACAUCACUGCCAAUUCCUUCUUCGUAGAGUUAGAAAAACAUUGCACCUAACUAUAAUUCGUGACAGUGAACGAAAGGGUAACAAUUUCUAGUAAAGGCAAAGUUAGUGGAAAAGUAGUGAAGCAAGAGGUUUAACUUUACAUAGACUGUGAUUUUUAAAUGAGUUAUUAAUAUUUGACAUUGCAGAGUUUUAUAAAAAGUAAUAUUUGAAAUUUUAUUAUCUUAUCAAAAAGGUAACAUAUAUAUUUGUAUGGCAGAAAAACAAGGCAAUAAAAUCGAAAAAGAGUGUUACAAAACUGUGCUGGCAUUCUAUAUAUCAACUCGUGGUUUUAAUGCCCAUUAGUGGCAGUUUGCGUUUUUUGUCGGUCACGCAGCCCGGGGUAAAUGUUUCAUAACAAUUCUAUCUAAGCCCUCAAUAAACAACAUCG